GGGACUGGGACUGGGACUGGGACUGGGACUGGGACUGGGACAAGCGGGGUUGGCGGCACACGGGGACCGCCGGGUCUGUGGGCCCGGCUUUGCGUCCGUCCUGCCCUGCACACAAGUUCUGCUCCGGGAACGCAGUCCCCGCACAGUGCUCCACGGCUUUGAAAGUUUCUUUCCGGGCGCUGAGUAAACACUGUUGAUAAUUGUGUUGAUGGGCUUGGUUCUAAAGGGGCUUCAGGUAUGUACCACUGACUGACCACGUCAAUAAGAUGCUGAUGCUUUUGGCUGUUCCUUCAUUCUUCGUGGGAUUUUGAUAAAGCAGCUAUGCCUGUUCAAUUGCUGAAGAUCAUUGAAGGACAAUCUGAGACUCCACUACCAAGCCAUUUGCAGAAGGAGGAUUUAAAACAUUUGCAAGAAGGGUAUGAUCAUACCAACAAAUACAUUCAGGGAAUAGUUACUCUUUCCUACCCAUUAACAAAACUCAGAGAUGGAACAGACUUUUUCAAGAUUGUUGUUCAAGAUUCGGAUAACUUGUGUUCCCAGAUCAACAGCAUCAAUGUUUUAAUAUAUGGAAAAAUGGCAGAGGAUUGUGCAAAAAUUAUACACCAUGGGGAAACCUUCAUAGUUGCAGGAUUCAAGGUGAUAAAAUUGCCUGCAGAGAGAGAGGAUGCUAGACAUGAUUGUCACCUGGAAGUGUCUGAAGAAGCUGGAUCAACCAUUUAUAUUUACACUAAACCAGGAGCAACUGCUGCUCUAGAAACUGUAUCUGUGUCUGUUGCUCCAAAAUAUGUGUAUACUCCCCUGAAUCAUCUUAAAGAUGGAACUGUAGUGAACUUGUAUGGCGUUGUGAAAUUCUUCAAGCCUCCUUAUAUUAGCAAAGGAACUGAUUAUUGCUCAAUUGUAACACUUGUGGACCCAUCAAAUGUGAAGUUAACGUGCAGUCUUUUUAGUGGAAACCUUGAUUCUCUACCAAAAAUUUACAAAGUUGGAGAUAUUGUUCGAUUUCAUAGAGUAAAGGAUUUAGUAAUGUACAGUACUGUACCUGGGCUUUCAGCCACAAUCAGUGCUCUGCAGAGAUUAUGGAAGAUCAGGGAAUACAAUGGACAGAUGCAGGGAAUUACCAGUGGGGGAUUUGCAUCCUUAACAUUUGAUGGAACUGUAGGAGCUCCAGUAGUUCCUCGAACUUCUAGCAGAGUGUACACUUUCAUGGACGAAGAACAGAAAGCAGUAGAAGAAUUACGUAUUUGGGCAGCCAGUAAUAUUUCCAUCUCUGGACCAGCAACAAAAUUGUCUGGUGUUCAGCCAAUGCUGUUCUUUGAUCUCACUUGCCAGCUGGUGGGAAAAGCAAAAGUGGAUGGAUCUUCUUUUCUUCUAAAGGUUUGGGAUGGCACUGAAUGUCCCUACCCCACAUGGAAGGUGCCUGUAGAAGCAAAAGACCUGGAAGGAGAAAAAGGUCUUCUUCAUCAGCUGAGAAAUCUAGCAGUGGACAUUCUGGUCUAUGAUAAUCAUGUACAGCUGGCAGAAUCACUUAAGAUUGGAAGUUUUCUGAGAAUUUACAGUAUUCAUGCAAAAGAAGCAAGUGCUGACAAUGAAGACGUCUCACAUAUGGAAUUUCAUCUUCAUGGUGGCACCUGUUAUGGUCGAGGAAUAGGAGUCUUGCCAGAAAGUAACCCAGAUGUUAAGGAACUAAAAGAAUUCUUAGAAUCUGUUACUCUGACAGACAGUCAGAAUAUGGAAAGCAUGUGUUCAAUGGACAUUGACAGCACUUUUGGCAAUGUUACAGAUCUUGAAUUGCACUUACAGAGAUGUCAGCAGUUAUCUGUUACAGUAUUAACAGAUCAUCAGGAUUUGAGUAACACAGAACUGAAAACCAUAACAAGCAGCACAGCUCCUCAACAGUAUCGCAUUAGAGCAAAGCUGAGAACUUACAAACCCCAAAAGCUCCAUCAGUCUGUUAAACUUCAUUGUUCCAAAUGCAACUCUUUGCAAGAAGUUCCAGAUAGAGAUGACUUUGACUUCAUUUUACACGGCUCUGCCAGUACUGCCCCAAACCCAGAAUUACACAAUACAUCCUGGUAUGAAUCUGUGACAUGGACUACACAAGAGCAGGAACAGAGGGAAAUAGCCAUCCAUUUUGUGAAGCAUGAUGAAAUGCUUCAACAUCCUGAAGACACCUUGAUAAUGGUAGAAGGUGGAACACUAAAAGAAAUCUGGAAGCUUACAAAAAGAUUCAAAUGUGUUAUUCCUGUGAGAUCCACAGAAGAUGAUCUUGAAUUACUAGAUCUUUCAGCUCCUUUUCUUCUAAAAGGGAAUGUAAAAUAUUAUGGGUGCAAGCAGUGUUCAACUCCAAAGCCUGUGAAGAAUCUAAGUUCCAUUGCAGCAGAACAGCAACCAUCAUGGGAACCAACUGAAAUAGCACAAGUUUUAGGUAUUGAACUGCUCCAGUAUGUUUUUAUUAUGAAGUUUACACUGGUUGAUGAAACAGGAUCACUAAAUGCAUACCUUUUUGAUUAUGAGAAGUUUUUCCAAAUUCCUGCCUCUGAAAUCUUGACUAGUGAUUUUCUUCAGCAAAAGAUGCAGAUGACCAUGAAUUCACUCUGUCCUCCAGGAAGAAAAUUAGGUGACUUGCCAUGGCUGGAAUGUUUCAUCAAGUCCUAUAAUGUCAGAGACGCAAUGAAAAUGAAAAAUCAAGUUUAUUACCAAAUUUUUGACACCACAGUUGCUGAAGAUGUUGUAUAGUCAUGUGUUGCUGAUUGGAAGUAAUCCAGUAAGACCCAGUUUCUUAGGGGGGCAGGGAUCAGAGACUGUAUUAAAAAAAAUUACCUUUGUUCCAUUCUUAGGAAUUCAGCUUGUUUUUAUGAAUUUUUAGUUUAUGGGAAAGGGAAUUAUACUUUGAUGUGUUUGCUAUUUUCCUGGUAUACAACUUGGUGAUCUAAGGGCCAGUGGGGGUGUUAAGCUUUUCACUGGAAGCUGCUUGGCUGAGGUUGAUGGAAGCAAUCUACUUUCCAUCUAUCCUUCAAAAAGGCAGUGAUGAGGUUACUCUAAAUUUGUGAAUUUUGCUCCAAAAAAUGUAUUCAUGAUGAUGCUGUGCAUUCAUUUUUGUGUUAAAUUACGACACCAGAGGCAGAGAUACAGAGCUCUUUAGUAAACUCAGACUACUUUGUGGAAGCCAGUAUUACUGUUCUCAGUUUGACAGGGAGGUUGGUUUUUAGACACUUCUUUGAUUUUGUACUGAUAUGUGCAUUUAGACAAACUCCUCCUGUUAGUAACACUCAGGUAACUGCUACAUGUACCAGUUACUGUCAAUUCUGAUGGGGUUGUGAACAUGACCGUGUAGUGAUUAUCACUAAAAUUAAAGGCAAUCACAAAAGUAAGGUAGUGUAAAAUUGCAAAAUGAGUAUUAAUAUUUGGUAGAUGGUAAUGAUUCUGGGGUGGUCUUGUUGGGUACCAAAGUUGUUUGCAUAUUUGUGAGCUGGAUCUGUAUUUUCAAAGGCUUGAUCUGCCUUUCUGUCCUAAAUAAUCAGAUUGUGUGCCUAAAUUUGGAGAUACAGAACUGAUCUGGUGCUAUCAUGGAUUGAAAAUUCUGCUGAACUAGAAAACUGUGUGGUGGUUUUACUUUGCAUUCAGAAGUCUCUAGGACGAGUUCAGGACAUGAUUCUCUAAGGAUAAUUAAUGUAGAAAUCCCUGUCAAAUCAAAUGCUUUCCAUCAGAGCAAAAUUACUUAGUAUUUACAGCAGCUGUUUUUAAAGAACUUCAGAAGCAAGAUGCAAUAUUUGUAAGUAGAUAAUUAUUUUUAUAGUUGAUGACAUUUUAUUUUUUUCAUUUUUGAGGGCUGUUUAAUAGAUUAUGCAAUUUGUCUUAAAAUUUCAUUAUAUGUCCUCUGGUAAUUUUCUUUUACUGUAAAAAUUACACUGUGUUUAUAUAUCAUAAGCCAGGAUAUUGUUCUUUAUUGAUCUGUCUGUAGGAACAACCAAUGUUAAAAGUGGUGAGUGCAUAUUUCCUUUAAAAAUUUCUUAAAAAUAAAAAUAUUCUGGAAUAGAACCAUCAGUUGAUCAGAGUCUACUGACUUAAGAAUGCUUUCUUGAAUUUUUGCAUAAAUUCAUCCACAGAAAAUAAUUACAGCAAAUGAAUAUUAUAAAAUUUUGGACACUGGCCAUACCCAAAUGUUUUCACAAGUUAGAAGUUAAAUUGAAGUGAAUCUUCUUUGCUUUUAUUUAUAUAGGGUAUGAAAAUGUGAAUUUCUAUUUUUAGAUUUUUGUUAACAACAGUGAAAGAUACUGAUAUUGUACAUUUUUUUCUAAACAUGUCUUCAUGAAGGAAUAAAUAAAAAGAUGUUUUGAACUUCAGUGUAAAAUAAAUCAGUUUCACCACAUGCCUUGUCUGAGAUCCCUGCCGAAAAUCUCUACAUAUGCAUGACAUUAUUUUUUUACUAUUGAAUAUUGUAUUAAAAUGUUUAAUAAAGAUUUCUCCAAAUAA